UCCCCCAAACGUACAUUUCAAUCCCAUCAUAUCAGUCUCCUCCUCACUGCAUGCAUGUGUAUAUAUAUACAUUGUCUUCGGCUCCAUCAUCGACCACCUCCUCAAGAGGAUCAUCACUUACUUCUACCCAAUCUAUCGAUAUCGAUUGAAAACCUGAGCUGGAUCGAGUUUCGAAAACAUAUCGAUAUAUCCAUAUUAACAUACUGGGAGAGAAUGAGUGGAAAGAAGGGUAGUGUAGAGAUCAAUGUAGUUCCAUCAUGCUCCAAAGCUGCAGCUAAACAGGGAGACUAUAGGGAGAGAUCCUUGCUUUCCUGCAACUGCAACUGCAAAAGCAUCAAAGGUUGGAUUAGGAAGGUUUGGGAAUUUUGCAGAGAAGAUUACAACAGAGUCACAUUCUCCUUAAAGGUCGGCCUCGCUGUCCUGCUGGUGUCCCUGCUCAUUCUGUUCCAAGCUCCUUAUGACCUGUUUGGCACCAACAUCAUCUGGUCCAUCCUCACCGUUGCCGUCUUGUUUGAAUACACAGUUGGUGCAACUUUUAAUCGAGGACUCAACCGGGCACUCGGAAGCUUGCUGGCAGGGAUUCUGGCGGUUGCGGUUGCUCAGUUGGCUCUACAAACGGGUCGGGUCACCGAACCGAUUAUUAUUGGUCUUAGCAUUUUUCUCAUGGGAGCUGUUACAUCGUUUAUCAAGUUAUGGCCAUCGCUUAAGCAAUACGAGUACGGGUUUCGGGUCAUACUUUUCACCUACUGUUUGAUCAUAGUGUCUGGGUACCGAAUGGGGAACCCGAUCCAAACUUCCAUGAAUCGGGUUUACUCCAUCGCCAUUGGAGGGCUCGUGGCAGUUCUAGUAAAUUUGCUCGUUUUCCCCAUAUGGGCUGGGGAGCAGCUGCACAAAGAGCUGGUCGAUGGCUUUAACUCGGUGGCUGACUCACUAGAAGAAUGUAUUCGGAAAUAUUUGGAAGACGAUGGGUCGGACCUUCCAGAGUUCUCCAAGACUCUCAUGGACGCUUUUCCAGAUGAGCCUGCCUACGUGAAAUGCCGAGACAUCCUGAAUUCCUCCACCAAACUAGAAUCAUUGGCUAAUUCUGCAAAAUGGGAACCGCCGCACGGCAGGUUUAGGCAAUUCUUCUAUCCAUGGUCGGAAUAUGUCAAAGUCGGAGCAGUUCUACGUUACUGUGCUUGUGAGAUUAUGGCACUUCAUGGUGUUUUACACUCCGAGAUUCAGGCACCCCAUGACCUCCGUAUCAGAUUCCAGCCAGAGAUUCAAGAUGCAGCCAACCAGGCUGCAGAGCUUGUAAGGAGUUUGGGCAAAGACAUAAGCAACAUGAAGCAGCGCUUCCAUACCUCCCUACUGAAGAGGGUUCACAGCUCAACCGAGCGACUCCAACGUGUCAUAGAUAUGCAUGCCUUUCUCCUAACAUCCCAUUAUGAACCUCCUGAUAACCUCACCAUGCCAGUUUCCAAGCUCUCCCAUGCCCUCUCAUCUGCCCCAAGUGACCUCUCAAACCAAUUGGCAGAGCAUGAUGGCAACAACCUUGAACAGAACCUAAAUCUGGCGACCCUAAACAUGUCUUCGGGGACCACUGUCCCACCAGUACAGGCAGAGUCAUACCAUGAGAUGAUGAGGAAGCAAUCAAGAAGGCUGCAUUCAUGGCCGCCUAUAGAAGCAGGCACUUUUGAUGAAGAAGGAGGGUUUAGUGCAGACUCUCUGCCGAGGAUGAGGGCACUGGAGAGCACUGCAGCAUUGUCACUUGCCACUUUUACUUCCUUGCUUAUCGAGUUUGUGGCCAGGCUUGAUCACUUGGUUGAAGCUGUUGAUGGGCUGUCUAAGGUGGCCAAGUUCAACUGUCAGGGGCUAUAGAAGGAACAAAUCAUAUACUUAUUAUAGAAAUUGAUAUGUCAGUAUGGUAGUAAUGUAUGAAAGAAACCAUUGGGAAAAAUGGAGGCAGCAAGAAAUAAGUUUCCAACUGUUAGAAAAUUUUAGAAGGGAGCUAGUAAUUUCAACAAUGAUUUGAAAAAUUCAUGCUUGUGGUAAUG